UGUUAUUGAAUUGACGGAGCCGAGUAGCCGAGAUCCAUAACUCCCACUUUGAAUCCCGUUAUAAAUAGAAUUUGAUAAACCAUUAUAUUACAGUUACUAAAAUAUUAAGACCUUCCUACAAUUUCUGAUAUUAAAAUAUUUAUAAGGUGAAACGAAAAUGUCACAUCAAACUGGAAUUCAAGCCAAUACUGAAUUGAAAAAAUACUUCACUAAAUGUAGAGAUGGAAAAAUUCGUGUAUUAAAAGUCACCAUUGACAAUGAACAGCUUAUAUUGUCUAAAUACCAAGCUGUUAAAGGUUCCUGGGAACAUGACUUUGAUAAAUUUGUACCUUCAUUAGUUAUAGAUGAUCUCCCUUGCUACAUUUUAUACAGAUUUGAUUCAACAAAUUCAGUUGGUCAUGAAUGGCUGCUGCUGAGCUGGUCACCAGACAGUGCCCCGGUGAGGCAGAAGAUGUUAUAUGCUUCCACUAAGGCCACACUUAAACAGGAAUUCGGAACGGCUCAUAUUAAAGAUGAAAUGCAUGCCACAAGCAAGGAUGAAGUCAGUCUGAAAGGCUACAAGGCACACCUGAGUGGGGUGAACGCUCCGGCACCGCUCACAGACAGGGAAGAAGCAUUAAAAGAACUGCAACAAAAUGAACAUAGUCCCAACUAUGGUACUGAUUCAAGACAGUCUACAAUGGGUGGUGUUUCGUUUCCAAUAACUGAAGACGCAAAACAGGGCAUUAUUGAUCUCCAACAUGGUUCCUAUAAUUAUUUACAAUUUAAAAUAGAUAUAGAUGAAGAAAAGAUUCUUCUAGCGAAAGCUUCUAUGAUCGAGAAAUCGGAAUUACCUCGUCAAGUGCCGGCAGACCACGCCAGGUACCAUCUCUUCGUGUUCAAACACACGCACGAAGGCGAUUACUUGGAAAGUAUUGUGUUCAUCUACUCUAUGCCGGGAUACAGCUGCAGUAUAAAGGAAAGAAUGUUGUAUUCAAGUUGUAUAGGAACCUUUUUAGAUAUUAUUGAAAAAAUGGGCAUCGAGAUUGCCAAAAGGUUGGAAAUAGAUGAUGGUAAAGAAUUAACGGAAGAAUUUUUAUAUGAUGAAAUCCAUCCAAAGAGAAACCUUCACAGACCUGCCUUCGCUAAACCUAAAGGUCCUCCAAAUAGAGGUGCAAAACGCAUCACCAAGUCUCAGACAUCGCAGUAAAAAAUUCUAAACAAGUGGGCUUGUAAACAUAGGGAUGGUCAAACAUCGAUUAGAAUUUUUAUCGAUUACGAAUACAAUUAUCGAUAUUCCAAUGAACUGUUAAUCCAUCAAUGAAUUCAUGAUUAUAAAAAUGUGCAAUAUUUUUACAUUUUAAAACAACAAAAUAAAAGAUUACUUUUGUAUUAUUUCUGUAUUAUUUUUACUAAAUAUGUGCAUCAUUGGUGGAUGUUUCGAUAUUCGAUAUUUUAUACUUGGUCAUCCCUAGCCGUAUAGUAUUAUUCUUCCAAGUUGCAAUAUUGUUAUUAGUAUUGAAAUAUUUUUUACAAACGAUUUUAAAAUGAUUUAUUUCUAGCUUUUAGGCUUCGAGUGUUACAUUUUACGCAAUCAAUGAAUUAUAAAAUUUUACUUGUAAGUUUUAUAAAAUGAAUUUUGCUGAAAUAUG